UGGACCAUUUAGUGCCUUGCCAGGAAUGGUGAGACUGGACCAUUUAGUGCCUUGCCAGGAAUGGUGAGACUGGACCAUUUAGUGCCUUGCCAGGAAUGGUGAGACUGGACCAUUUAGUGCCUUGCCAGGAAUGGUGAGACUGGACCAUUUGGUGCCUUACCAGGAAUGUUGAGACUGGACCAUUUAGUGCCUUGCCAGGAAAUGUGAGACUGGACCAUUUAGUGCCUUGCCAGGAAUGGUGAGACUGGACCAUUUAGUGCCUUACCAGGAAUGGUGAGACUGGACCAUUUAGUGCCUUGCCAAGAAUGUUGAGACUGGGCCAUUAAGUGCCUUACCAGGAUUGGUGAGAGUGGGCCAUUUAGUGCAUUGUCAGGAAUUUUGUAUGAGACAUUCAGUGCUUUAGCAGUAUUAUGAAGGGUUAGAACAGAAAUAGUUAUGUUAUCGGCGAAUUUAGUUCAGGAACUUCUUAUUGUACAGCUUUCACGGUAAACUUUAUUGACUUUUGGUAUCAUUCAUUCAUCAUCCUCCCACGCUCUAGUAUUAGGAGUUUCACUGGGAUGGUGUACGGAGUAUGGGUGCUGAUCUGAGUCAGCCAGAACCACACCCACGCUACUUGAGUUACUCCUUCACUCCCUCACAUUUAGGGACCUUGUUUAAAGUAAAAAAAAGUUCCAAAAAACCUUAGAAGUUACAUUUUUACUCUCCUUCCUACUCCCUUACUUUUAGAGUUUCAAAGGCAUUACUGAAAUGAAAAUCUUCAAAAUCGUUUAAAUCCCCGAUGAGACUCACCAAGACAGCUAUUUUUCUCUUGUCAGCUCUUAAUAGAACUAGAACUAAGUGAUAAAGAUUGUAUACAGAACCCUUAUACCGUGAAGAUGAUAGACGAUAAAAUGAUUAAUUAAUCUUAUAAGCAGUCUUUACAAAUGUCAUUUUAAGACGUCUAAUUUUCUUGAAUAUUGGCCAUGUUCGUGCCGCGUAGAAAUUCACAUCAUUCCACGAAUAUCAGCCAAGCACGAAAAAUUGAGAGAUGAGAAUGGUUGAACGCGAAGAUAUGGCCUUUUCGGGUCUGAAGCAUCUGUUGGUCGAGUUGGUGGUUUUGUCGUGUCUUAACUUGUGCAAUGGCGCCGAGCCAUGUAAACCCGACUUAUGCAAGUUGCCAGACUGUUUUUGCAGCGGGGCAUCAGUUCCAAAUGGAAUAGACCCCAAACAAAUCCCGCAAAUGAUCAUGUUAACAUUCGACGACGCGAUCAACAUGCAAGUGUUUCCAUUUUAUCAGACGCUUUUCAAUGACACGAAGAAUCCAAACGGCUGUAACGUAAGAGCGACUUUCUUCGUCUCUCACGAGUACACUGACUAUCAAUUAUUAGGCACCCUCUAUCACGAACGCCACGAGAUAGCGGAUCACACAAUAUCUCAUCGCACCCCGAUCGAGUGGUGGAAAAAAGCUACUUAUCAGGACUGGGGGUCGGAAAUUCGAGGCAUGAGGGACAUCUUAAAAGAAUUUGGUGGCGUGAACGAGAAAGAUGUUAGAGGAUUUAGGGCACCGUUUUUGCAGAUCGGUGGGGAUAACCAGUUCAAGGUAUUACAUGAUCAUAGCUUUAUGUUUGAUUCGUCGAUGCCGACUUGGAGGACGGACCCUCCUCUUUGGCCUUAUACACUGGACUACUCUAGUGCCCAGGAUUGCGUCAUUCCGCCAUGCCCAUCAGGCUCAUUCCCCGGCUUGUGGGAAGUGCCAAUGGUUUACCACAAGGGCCUCCAAAACGAAUCCUGCAGCAUGAUUGAUGAUUGUAAUGCACCGACGAAUGAUGAUGACGUCUUUAAAUUCCUUCAUAAGAACUUCUUACGUCACUACAAUUCCAAUAGAGCACCCUUCCCUAUCUUCAUGCACGCCAAUUGGUUCGCGAAGUAUUCCUUCACUAUGAAAGGCAUGCAAAGGUUCUUUACUGAAGUAUUGGCUAAGGGGGACGUAUAUCUAGUGACUGUUUCUCAAGCAAUCGAGUGGAUCAAGACUCCAUCCCCUUUAGACGAGAUCAAGUCGUUCUCACCCUGGCAAUGUGGCCAGCCAGCCCCAACCUCCCCCUGCAAAAGGAGCGCUGUCAACGUCUGCCACUUUCCGGACAAGGCCAGAUAUCUUUGGUCCUGCGUCCGGCCCUGUCCGGAACAUUAUCCCUGGACAGAAAACAUGUAUGACGCACACUAUGAGAGCCCUACAUCUUCAUCAACAUCAUCAUCACCAUCAUCAUCACCAUCAUCAUCAUCAUCAUCAUCAUUACCAUCAUCAUCACAAUCAAAUGCACAUCGAUGCGACAUCUGCCUUUUGAUGACUUUAAUGGGCGCGUUAAGUGUUUUGCUAGUUCGUUAGUUAAGAUUUUAGCGAGUUGUUCGGGGGUUAUGACAGCGUUUCACGAUAAACUCUGACGACAAGUUGGAUGAACUGGAAAUCGCGAUUCACGAUUUUUAAAGAGCAUAGAUCACGAUUCAUGCUGAUGAAAUUUCGCCAUUCACGAAUCACGGCGAAGGUAGCAAUCACGGAUCACGGUUUUCAAUUUGUCAUUUUCUCUAUUCACGAUAAACAAAAAAGGCAAAAAUAACUUUUACCGCCCCUGUUAUGACACGCAGAUGAAUAUGUUUGAAAUUUUCAUAGCAAUGAAAUACCCAAAUCGCUAUAAUCUAAAGCGUAUGUAUUAUCACACAUCUACUGGAACUUUUAUUUUUAAGGGUGUCGAGCCACUUUGAUAUAUUUUUUAAGCACUUUGUAGUAACUGACGACCUUUGUAAAAGAAAAAGAUAAAAAUGUAUAGGUAUUAGCUUAAUAUCAUUAGAACAAAGACUUGGUGCUAAUGUACUAAUGAUUAUUUACGAUUUCGACAACAUUGAGCAAAGUAAACAGAUAAAUAACAGCGUAAAAUAAAUGUCGAACUUUGUCAAUUACAUUUGUAGUUAAGUCGGAACGAGAAAAAAUCGAGGUCUCUAUUUUUUGUUAAAGCAUCACAGACAUGGUCUAUUAACCGUCAAGUGUCAAAUAUAUUAGCAAUGCUUAACUUUCCGUGAAAUCACUACAAUUUUAAAAUUUAUUAAAUUUAGAAGAAUCUAGA